AUGUCUCUCUAUUACGAGGCAGCUGAAGUUCUUACCGCCCCUAGUAAUCAAGGCGGUAGCUUGAGAUCAAGAAUUUUCAACAAGAAAGAUUUAAAAUCACAACCAGCACAGGUUUAUGCUCUGGCCAUAGAAACCUGCAAGUGGAGUCCUAUUCUAAAGGAAGUUAUCGAAAAUGCCGAUUUAUUGCGUUUAGAGCUAAAGUUGACCUCAGCCAUGUCUCUUCUGCUCGUACAUGACUUAUUGCUGGCCAAAAGAGGAGUUGCUUUGCCAGCCACUCAUGGAUUACGAGCCUCUGUUGAACGUCACAGGGGUAGAUUAACAUCCGAGUUGACCAAGGCAAGACUUCGAAGGAAAAUGAGUACAAUCGAAGUUCUAAAAGCCCAUGUCGAAACUGGUCAGGAGAAUGUAACAGAUACAUCCGAAGCACCUUACCCUCGUUGGAUUCGCAUCAACACUUUAAAGACUACUCUUGAGGACCAACUCGAAUCUACUUUCACUGGAUUUGAACGUGCAGCAACAAUUAAUGCCGUUAGACACCGGGGUUCUAAACGCUUAUAUAUCGAUGUUCACAUACCAAAUCUCAUUGCUAUAUCUCCAAACACUGAUCUUUCCAAGAGUGAAGCAUAUAAGUCUGGGGCAAUCAUCUUCCAGGACAAAGCAUCAUGUUUUCCGGCAUACCUUCUUGACCCUCUUGCUGAAGAUGGUAAUAUUAUUGACUCGUGCGCAGCACCUGGCAACAAGACUACUCAUAUUGCCGCUAUUCUGGUCGAUCGACUUCCGGCACCAGAAGAAUCUACUCAGGUUAUUCACGCCUUUGAGAAGAAUAAAGGACGAGCUGAAACUCUGGAUAAGAUGGUUACCUUAGCAGGGUCGAAUGCGUUCACUACUCUUCAUGCCGAACAAGACUUCUUGAAGACUGAUCCCAAUUCCCGUGCAUACAAGAAUGUUGGUGCUUUGUUAUUGGAUCCGAGUUGCUCGGGAAGUGGUAUUGUCGGUAGGGAUGAUAUGCCUGAGUUACAUCUACCAGGUACCAAGCAAUUCAACAUCAAACCUUACAGUUAUAAAAAGCAGCCGAAGAAGGCACCGGAGCCGGUGGAAACAAACAAGAAACGAAAGCGUGAAGAUGAUGGAGAUGCGUUAGAAGUUUUGGUUGAUGAUGACGGUGCCAUCACUGCCGUUGAUACCGAGGCCGAGCUCAAGUCUAGGUUAAAAGCCCUUGCAGUAUUUCAACUCGAACUUCUUCUCCAUGCAUUCAAGUAUCCUGCUGCCCGAAAGAUCACCUACUCCACUUGUUCUAUUCAUGCCGAGGAAAACGAAUCGGUUGUUCAGAAAGCUUUGGCUUCUGAUAUCGCAAAAGAAAGAGGUUGGAAAAUUCUCCGUCGUGAUAAUCAAAUCAGAGGCAUGAGGGAGUGGCCAAUUCGAGGCUCUGUGGAAGCAUGUGAUGGAAACAAAGUAAUUGCGGAAGGAUGUAUUCGAGCCAACAAAGGGGAUGAGCAUGCUACUAUGGGAUUCUUUUUGGCAGGAUUUGUGAGAGACCAAACAUCAACCGUUGAUCCUGAAGCUGGUCUCUUGCGAGACGAAUCUGGGAAUCUUGUGCGUGAUUUGAUGGGAAUACCGGUCAUAAAUGGUCAGGAUGAUGAAGGAAAAUUGAAGAUCGAGGCCCAAGUGGAACCUGAGGAAUCUCAGGAUCUCACACCGGAAGAUGAUGAUGAGUGGGGUGGUAUCGGGGAAGAGGUUGCACCGACUGUUAAGGGGAAAAAGGAAACGCAAGCAGCCCCGGUCGUAAAGAAGGAGAAAGCCAAGCCUAACAAGGAGAAAGUCAAGCCUGACAACGAAAAAGUCAAGAUCAACAAGGAGAAAGUCGAGCCUAGCAAGAAGAAAGCUAAUCUUAACAACGAGAAAGCUAAGCCUGACAAUGUGAAAGUCAAGCCUGACAAUGAGAAAGUCAAGUCUGACAACGAAAAGAUCAAAAUCAACAAGGAGAAAGUCGAGCCCAGCAAAAAGAAAGCCAAGCUUAAUAACGAGAAAGCCAAGCCCGAUAACGAAAAAGUCAAUAUCAACAAGGAGAAAGUUAAGCCUAACAAGCAUUCUCAUGAUGCCAUUAAGAGGCGUGUCAAUAUGAGUGCAAAGGAUAACAAGCGACAAAAAACAAAGCGAUAA